GGCGCCUCUGACGGCAGCUCCCUCCCGUCAGCUCCCGGCCAUGGACCCCCGACAGCAGCAGCAGCAGCAGCAGGCGGCGGCGGUGGCGCGCGCGGGGGCCGCGUUCCGCUCGGGCCGCUCCCGCCCGCUGGGCUUCCGGCUGCGGCAGCUGCGGGCCCUGGAGCGGCUGGUGAAGGAGAAGGAGGCGGAGAUCGUCGCCGCGCUGCACGCGGAUCUGCACAAGAGCGAAUGCAACGCCUACAGCUACGAGAUUUUGGGGGUGCUGGCGGAGAUCGCCCUGAUGGUGGACAAGCUUCCUACGUGGGCCGCCCCCCAGUCUGUUCCGAAGAAUAUAAUGACGCUGACCGAUGAGGUCUACAUCCACCAUGAACCGCUGGGUGUGGUCCUGGUGAUUGGGGCUUGGAACUACCCCUUUGUCCUGAUUAUGCAGCCUCUAAUAGGGGCCAUUGCAGCAGGAAAUGCUGUAGUAAUCAAACCUUCCGAGAUAAGUGCAAAUACAGCAAAACUUGUAGCUGAGCUGAUCCCACAGUAUAUCGACAAGGACCUGUACCCAGUUAUUAACGGAGGGGUCACGGAGACAACUGAGCUGCUAAAGGAGAGGUUUGAUCACAUCUUCUAUACCGGGAGUUCCCAGGUGGGCAAAAUUGUCAUGGAAGCUGCUGCCAAGCACCUCACCCCUGUCACUCUUGAACUGGGUGGAAAAAGUCCGUGUUACAUUGAUAAGGACUGCAACCUUGACAUUGCCGCCAGACGGGUAGCUUGGGGAAAGUAUUUGAACUGUGGGCAGACCUGCAUUGCCCCCGAUUACAUCCUCUGUGACCAAUCCAUCCAGAACAAAGUAGUGGAGAAUAUCAAGAAGACUCUCAAGGAAUUCCAUGGGGAAGAUAUAAAAAAGUCUCCAGAUUAUGAAAGGAUCGUCAACAAGCACCACUUUAAAAGGCUCGUGACGCUGCUGGAAGGACAGAAGAUAGCUUACGGAGGAGAGACUGAUGAGGCUACGUGCUUUAUAGCCCCGACUAUACUCACUGAUGUUAGUCCAGAAUCCAAGAUCAUGAAAGAAGAAAUUUUUGGCCCCCUCCUUCCGAUCGUGACUGUAAAGAGUGCGGAUGAAGCAAUUGAGUUCAUCAAUCAGCGGGAGAAGCCGCUCGCCCUUUAUUUAUUUUCCAAUGAUAAAAAGUUGAUCAAAAGGAUGAUAUCGGAGACGUCCAGCGGAGGUGUCACUGCAAACGAUGUCAUUAUGCACUACACUCUCCCAGAUCUGCCCUUCGGUGGAGUCGGGAAAAGUGGAAUGGGCAACUACCAUGGCAGGCACAGCUUUGAGACCUUCUCCCAUCGCCGCUCCUGCUUAAUUAAGUCUCUGGCGAUGGAAAGUGUGAACAAAAUCCGGUACCCGCCAAACAGUCAGAGGAAGCUGGACUGGGCAAAGUUCUUCUUCUUGAAGCGAUUUAACAAAGGCCGACUGGGACUCAUUGCUCUGGCCCUGCUGGGAGCCAUACUGGCUGCGGUGAUAAAGGUGACCUACUCUUGAAGAAAAGUGACCUGACCUCUAUACCCAAUCUGCAAUACUUGUACCCUGAGCGCACACUUUAUGUAAUGACCUUUUUCAGCCUGAGAGUUUUACUUUUUUUCUAUGAAAUGUUAAGGGCACAAAGCAGUGAGAGGUAACGUAAGAAUGCACGAGCUAGUAACAGUGCUGGGGCUGGCACUUCAUGUUGAUUUGAAAAGCCAUGCGGCAAUACAGGGAUUAAUGCAACAGUGGGCAUGCAGUAUUGGUCAUGCAACCAGCGAGACGAGAACUGCAAAGCAGGAAGCAGCAGCACCCUCCAUUCUGUGUAAAGACCAUGUCAAAGGUGGGCUGCUUAUGUCUUCUCAGGACUGUCACCUCCUGAGCUCACCCAGUCUAUGCUGGAGAGCUAGAACAUGGGUUUAUGUUUCAGUCUGUGAGCCAUCACAGUUCAGUUCCUCCAAUGAUUUUUCCAGAGUCCUCCAAAAAGAGGGACAUCAGGACCUGAUACACUUAAUGUAAAGAGUAAAAGCCCAAAAUAAAACAGAGCCUUUUUACAUCUUAACCGGCAGAGACCUUUUCUUUAGGGUUCUUCCCUUUUAUGGUACCUGCCUAGUGUUGUGGUAACUAUCUGCCACCCCUUGUGAUUAGUCUUCUAUGUCUUCCUUUCUGGUGUGGUGGAGACAGAUUUUACUAAUAGUCAAGACCAGUUCUGACUAAAUGUACAUUGAGGCUGUUGCUCACCCUCUAACCCAGGACAUGUAUCCCUAGAAUCUCCCCCAGAAAAAAAAGAUUGUCCACUUGUUAGCCCUGCAAUUCAAUCUGACAGCACAUUCCGCUGGCUGCAGCUUCCAAAGGGAAAGACCUGCUACAACUGUUAGAGGGUUGCAAGGUUUCUUUCGUGUAAUGCUGCAGUCACCUGUGCUUCUAUCUGCCAGGUGUGCAUUU